CGACGAGAUCGCUCGCCUGUACAAGCACCGGUGUUUCUCUGCCGCUGCGAUAAAGUCGUUCGUCUCUUUGCGCCCUUGCAUAUAAUCUUCGGCGGACCGUGCUUAGAUCUCAUUAUGACUCAUAUAGAUUUUGACAAAGGAAUAGAUGUUGAUAUAUUUUUUGAACUGAAUGAAAAUGAUGCCAAAGAAAUACUGAAGGAUUUUGUCCUAGGAAUUCAAUUAAAAUUUUGGAAAAAAUAUACUCAAUGGAAAAGAAAUGCUAUUACUGUGAACUUUGAGGAAAUGUAUGCUAACUCUUUUAGUGAAGACACAUUGUCAUCUAUUGAAAAUAUAAAUAAUAAAAUAGAAAAACAAAAGGAGCCAACUGAAACAAAUGAGCCAACAACUUCAAUAUCACGUGAAGAGUUAGUUGAGUUUGAAAAUGUUCCUGAUAAUACAAAUAACAAUGAUUUGGAAUCAGAUGCGGAAAAUAAAAGAUCUCAAAAUAAAGUAGAAACACAAAAAAGACAGAACUUAGCUGAAACAGAAAAUCCAAGUUUAGCUAAGAAAAAAAAUGGUUAAUCCAAACAUGCUUGCUGAAAAAAGAAUCACUGCUUUUAGUGUUUCACAGGAAUUAAUGGAUUUAGAUUUAAGGGGUUAUACUAUCCAAGCGCACUGAAAAAUGAACGUUUUUUUGGGAAUUUUUUUCUUGGAAACUAUUCAAUGGAUCAAAAUGAAAUUUUGAGGCUUUAUUAUACAUGUUUUGAGAUAUAUAAAAAAAAUUUUUUAUUAUAACUUUUGAUACAAAAUGGCGUCUUGGCAAGUGGUAAACGGAACAUGUGUUUUUUCCGAGGAGCGAAUCUGCGUACAUCAUAACAUUCU